GGAACAGCGGCCCGGAAAAGACCUGGAUACACGAUGGGAAGCAUUUAGCUACAGCGAAGAGAGGCAAAAGCGCGAUUGCAUCGGAAGUACCCCUGUCAGUGGUGACCUCGACCUCGACAGUGGGGUUACCACGGGAGUCGAAGAUCUGCCUGGCGUGAACCUUCUUGAUAGACAUGUUUGUGCGAGUAAGUGUAGGGUAGUAUGCAAGUGCGGUUUGUGAGGUGCAGAGAGCAGUGCAGAUGGAGGAAGCAGCGAGCGAGUGUGGUGGGAGCGAAAGGGAAGGCCAGCCAGAAGGCCAGCAGAAUAAAUGGCUUUGCGAGUGCCUUCUCGGUCACCACCGCGUCGCAUCGAUGGCUAUCAGGAAGGACUCGGGAGACGACAGAGACUCCCUCCGCGCGAGAACUGGAGAACACACUCGCUCGCCUACCUGGAGACAACCCCCACCAGAAAGUCGGAACGCCCCGGGGGUUCUGCGCUUCUGACUCCCUUUGUCGCUCACCCUCCUCCGGUCUCUUCCGAAAACAACCUUCGUGCCCAUCUUCGCAAAGGAGAACUGGUUACUUGAUCCAAAACGCAGAAUGUGCAGAAGAAACAGUCAUGACUGCGCAACCCGGCACUUUUGUCGCUUUGGCACAAGCUACGCCAGGGUCAACUCCGGGCACCUCGCCCGGAAGUUCCAACGCAUCCCUGUCCUCAAAUGCCUCGCUCUACGGGAGUCGUCUGUUCCUUGUCGCUUACAAACCGGCAGGCUCAAGAAAUAAUCUCCUUUGCUAUCCGGUCACAAAUCUGGGAAACACAGCCGUCUCGACCAAGUACCCUCAUCCUACGCAAGUGUCGUUACGCUGCAAUUACAUUCCUCUCGGACGAACCCCGAACCAUGAGAUCAUCUGCAUCGCGACAAGCCAGGGCUCCACUUUCAGCAACCCGUCAUAUCUGAAUGUUGGCGCUCCUGUCACGAUCGAACGUUCGAAAGUCACUACUCCAGCCGUCGGAGUUAUUUCGGUUUUUGUUUCGGAAUUGAAGGAUAUCAACCAAUUGGCGCAUCAAAUCUGGACUGGGGCGGAACUUACCCGCCUGCUGGCGCAGCCAACAGCCAUUUCAGAAACCGAAGAUCACGCCGGGGACGGGGACGGUGCGGCAGAUAAGAAAGAUGAUGAGAAUAGGGAUGGAAAGUUUGAUGAGAAGGAUGGCGGGGCUGGAGUCGGUGAUUGCAGUGAUGGAAAAACUGCGGAUUCGUCUGGUGGUAGCAGCAUCGGAGCUAAAAAGCAGAUCCCAUUGGACUACGAAGAUUUUCCUCCAGAGGAUUUCACCGAGUUGACUUUGAGUUUUCUUCCCGCAUCAACCUGCUCAUGAUUAUAUGUGUCGCAAUCUUCGUCCAUUUAGAAGGCACGUUAACCCUUUGAGUGCAACAGACUGUACAUUUAUAAAUGGGGGGAGGUCACGUUGAGUGUAUUGUUUCUGUUGAUAUAUGAGUAUGUCGCUGCGCCCCACGUACAGGUCUCUUUUAUGCGAGAAGGUAGUGGACGGUAAUAACAAUCAGAUAGG